AUGGAAGAAUUGCUGUUUAUAAUCUAUUUACCAUCAGAAAUAAUAUAUCAGAUAUUACAGUACUUAUCUCAUAAUACUUUGAUUGAACUAAUCUCCGUUCCAUUUUUAAAUCAAUAUGUUACAAGUUAUUUACAUCCCGUUUGUUUGAUUGAUAGUAAAGCAAAAGAAGUUAGACAUAAUCCUAAAGUAAAAGUAUUCAAAACUAUAACAGCAUUUACGAAAUUUCAAAAAUUACACAAUUAUUCUCCUCAACGAUUGGUUCUUAGUAAUAAUAUUGGGACAAAUAAAGUUGGAGCAAGUACUGAUUGGUAUUCACCUUAUAAGCUUGAGAUAGUUAAUAAUUUAGAGUUAAUUACUGCUAGAAACGUUGUUAAAGUGACAUUAUUUUCAAGUUUCUCCCUACCAAUACGAGCAAUCCCUUCUCACGUAACUGAAUUGAGUAUAUUUGGAGACAAAUUAAACUUGGUACACUCAAACAUUCAAACUUUGGAAAUCAAUCAAUUUGAUUUGAGAUAUAUGGAAUUACUUACUGAAAGUAUUAAAGAAUUGAAAUUGCUAGAGUUUAAACUACCGUCUUCAUUCCCCUCACUGAGUGUAAAAUUCCCCAUCAAUUUAACACAUUUAACAAUAACAGAAGGACAACACAGUCUAAGUCUGAUAAAUUUACAAUCGUUAUUGUUUUUAAAACUGCUAAACUAUAAGGGAAAUUUAAAAUUAAAUACUCCACAAAUGACAUCAAUGCAAGAUUUGCAAUUGCCAGAAUCCAUUGAACGAGUAUGUUUAAAAUGUUUAAACCUUGUUAGUUUACAAAGUAUUUCAAACUUGAAAUGUUUAACACAUUUAGAAAUCAUUGAUUUUCCUAAAUUGUUUACAUUUUUUGACACUAAAUUCCCCAGUGGGUUAAAGACGUUGAUAUACAAAUUUGAUACUGUUGUUCCGAACUUGUCAUAUUUUCAAAAUCAAAUGGUUUUAAAUUUUGAUUCGUCACGAUUGGUCAGAGAAACAACAACAGGCAAUAUGAUUUUCCUUAAAAUUGACGAAAGAUUUGAAAUCCCCAACCAAUUAAAAGUGUUGAUUCUUGAAAAUAUCCCCUAUGUGAAAGUUUCCAAAUCUAUUAACAUCCCUACUACUUUGAACGAAUUGAUAAUUAGAAAAAUACCAGGAGUUGUCCCUGCCAACAACUUUAACAUUGUACCACUCAACACAGCUUUAUAUAGACUUACCCUAAGCAAUAUGAUGCUUGAUUCAUUAGAAGGAAUGAAAUUCCCUGAAAAAUUGAGUUUCUUGGAUUUAUCACGUAAUCAAUUACAACAUAUUCAUGGAACUAAUCUACAUAGUUUAAAAUACCUAAGAGAAUUGGAUUUACUGAGAAAUAGAUUUGAAAGAUUUAUUGAUAUUGAGAAUGAUAUACCCACUGGAUUGGAAACAUUACAUUUACAAAGCAAUUUGAUUAAUCAUUUUGAAAUCAAAAACCAUAAUAUCCAUUUGUUGCAAUUAAAUUUGAUGCUUGUUAAGAAUGGACGAUAUCUGAAUGUAUUUAAAUUUCCUACAAAGCUCCGUCAUUUACAAUUAUCGAUUCAAGUUGAUAAAUUAUCGGAUAAUUUCGAAUUACCUACAAAUUUACAAAGUUUACAAAUUCAUCAUCCAUAUUAUGGGAAAAUUGUCACAUUCCGUAAUUUCUUUCAAAAUUUAUCGAAUUUACAAUUGACUAAACUUUCAUUAUUAAAUUUGACUUUUACUAAAGAUUGUUUAAUUCAAAUUCCUUCCACAAUUGAACGACUUACCAUUGCUGGAAAUUUCAGUCAAAACAUUAUAAACAAUUUAAAUUUACAAAAUUGUAACAAUCUAACCAGUUUAAGUUUAAGUGGAGGAUCAGUUAAUUAUUUCAAUUUGAAUAAUAUUCCUAGUGGGAAACUUGAACAAUUGGAAUUGAAAAACAUGAAAUUAAAAUACAUUAAUGGCAAUUUUGAUGAAUUCAUACAAUUGGAAUACUUGAAUUUAGAACAAAAUCAAAUCACAAAUGAUAACAACACUGCUACAGCAACCACUACUAGCGAUGGUAAAACCAAGACCAAGAAUAAGUUAAAUUUGCCAAGUUCCAUAAACACAUUGAUUCUAAACAAAAAUGAUUUGAAUGAUUUAUCUAAUGUAUUUUUAGAUAAUUGUCGAUAUUUAAGAAAAAUUUAUCUUGAAAUGAAUCCAAAUUUAGAUUCUCGAGUGAUCUUUAAAAUUGCAAAAUUAUUAAUGCAAAUUCUGGAUAGUUUUGUUGGAAUUUAUUUAUCACUGAAUUUGAUUUUUAGUUCAAAUUUGUUUUUGGAGAAUUAUGAGGUUUAUAGUAAGAUUAUUUUUAAUACGGAUUUUAUAGAAGGAUAG